AUGGCCAGGCUCACGGCUGCUGCCGCCUUCGCGGCUCUUCUGAGCACCGCGUACGGCUCCCUCGUUGCACGGCAGACGACUGCCAGCACCACUGCCGCUGCAGGCGCUGAUCCUACAGCCAUCUCACAGUGCUCCGUGUCCUCGUCCACCCAGGUUUGCAAGGCCGAAACCACCGAGUUCAGGAUCGUUUCUACUCCUACCGGCGCGCUGCCCAGCUCCUACACGGGAUGCCACAAGCAUGCCACUGACCUGUACUGCUUCUACGACGAUGGAGAGGUGCAAGUUGAGCCCGCCAGCGCUGCGGCGUCCAUAGCCGCCUCGACAACUGCUGCCGCUGCCGCUGCCACUGUCACCGGCGCUCCCACCGCCGUCUCCGAAUGCCAUCUCCAUGGCGUCACUGUAUUCUGCAUGUGGGGUACUUCAGAGUACCAGGUCAUGACCACACCAACCAACACCGCCGCCUCCGCUAUCCCGACGGCCUUCACCGACUGCCACGCCCACGGCGCAGAAACGUUCUGCAUCGCCCCCAACGGCGACGACGUUGAGAUUGUGGCCGAGGGCGAGCAGCCCCUUGGCGAGAACUGCCACUUCCACGCCGGUGUCGAGCACUGCGUUGGCGCUGGCGAGAGCGAGAGCGCCGGUAGCGGCACGCGCAACUGCGCAAAGGUUGACCGCGAGUACGACAUCCCGCUGCGUAUCGGUCUCAUUUUCGUCAUUCUCGUUACCAGCGCGUUCGGCGUCUACUUCCCCAUCUUCAUGAUCAAGUGGAUGCCCACCAAGACGCACACCAUCUUCCUCAUCCUCAAGCAGUUCGGCACCGGAAUCAUCAUCUCCACCGCGUUCGUCCAUCUGUACACCCACGCCCAGCUUAUGUUUGGCAACGAAUGCCUGGGCGUCCUCGAAUACGAGGCCACGACGUCGGCCAUCGUCAUGGCGGGCAUCUUCUUGUCCUUCUUGGCCGAGUACGUCGGCAAGCGCAUCGUCACGAAGAAGAUGGCCGGCAACCCAAGCGCCGCGAGCCGCUUCUCGCCCGAGACCGUGACCGUCCUGGUCCUUGAGUGCGGCAUCAUCUUCCACUCCAUCCUGAUCGGAAUCACCCUCGUUGUCGCCGGCGACACCUUCUUCCUAACCCUCUUCGUCGUCAUCCUCUUCCACCAGAUGUUCGAGGGCAUCGCCCUGGGAACCCGCAUCGCCCAGCUAGGCCGGCUGGCCCCGACUGAGAAGGCCGCGAGCCCAACGACCGUCGAGGUCGAACAGACGUCGGUUCCCUAUAGCCUCAACUCUCUCAAGGCGCCCGACUUCUCCCUCGUCAAGAAGAUCCUCAUUGCCACGCCCUUCGCCCUCGUCACCCCCAUCGGCAUGGCCAUCGGCAUCGGCGUCUUGCAGCACUUCAAUGGGAACGACCGCGACACGAUCCUCGCUAUCGGAACCCUUGACGCGCUUUCCGCCGGCAUCCUCGUCUGGGUCGGCGUCGUCGAGAUGUGGGCCGAGGACUGGAUGCACAACGACGCGGAACUCCUCCGCACCGGGCCGGUCGUCACGUUCCUCGCCGGUCUCGGUCUCGUCGCCGGCAUGGUCAUCAUGAGCGUGCUGGGCAAGUGGGCCUAG